AAUUUUUCUAUAUGGAAGCAGAUCCUUUUAUUAAGAUAAUUGUAGUAGGAGAAUAGGGAGUAGGUAAGACUUGCUUGUUAAAUUAAUACUGUUAUGAGAGAUUUGAAGCAAACAGCCCUCCUACAAUAGGGUGUGAUUUUACUACAAAAGUGACAUAGGCAAAUGGAUAGACUGUUCGAUUAUAAUUAUGGGAUAUUGCUGGAUAAGAGAAAUACAAUGCUGUAAGUAAAUUGUAUGUAAGAGGAGCUUUGGGUAUUUAUAUCUAUAAAAAUAUUAGGUUGUCUAAUAGUUUGCGAUAUAAAGGAUCCUAAUUCUUUAGAAGAAACUUUAAAAUGGAAAAGUAUUAUUGAAGAAAAUAGUGAUCAAAAUAAUAUCCCUAUUAUGUUGGUUCAAAAUAAGUGUGAUUUAGUCAGCAAUGAUGAAAAGACAGCUAUAUUUUAAAGUUUGUAAGGUUUUGCAAAAACAAAUCACUUUUUUUCUUGUAUUCAAACUAGUGCCAAAGAAGGUACAGGAUUAAAGGUAAUGAUGCAAAAUAGAUUUAUAGCAACUAUUCACAGAUUUAAUUUAAGAAAUCAUAGACAAAGGAUUGCUAGUGAAUUAAUAGAAGAAUUUUAAAUAAAGUACAAAUGUUUAAUUAAAUUCUGCUCAAAGUUAAUAGAAUCAAUAACAGAAAAAAGACAAGUCCUGCUGUUGA